AUCUGUAAACAGAAAGCUAACCUACAACUACAACCGGCUUGUAGGGACAGAAAGAUUCUAUUCAUUCUAUUCUAUCUAAAAAUACAUUAAAAAUUGCAUAUCACCGAAUUUUGCUUUUAAUUCAUUUGAAGAAUUUAUUAUUUUUUUAACACAGUAUGAGUAUAUUGUCUCGUUUACAAAAAUAUGCCUUAUCUAGUAUUGGUGUUUUAAGUGGUUUCGCAUUUGUUUAUUAUGCAUUAGAUACGGAAAAAGUAAAUAAUAAAUCCCACAAAAGUUCUAUUGUUGUAAAUAAUUCAUUCUCAAAAAAUUACGCUCCUGUAAAUUGGGAUCAUAAUUGGGAUAGAAGAGAUCCAAAAAGUUUAGUAAAGCCUACAAAAUUAAAAACGCCAGAAGAUGAAAACGAAUACAAUAGAAAAUGUGAAGCGAAAAAAUCAAGAGCUGUUCGACAUCUCAUACUCAUUAGGCAUGGUCAAUAUAAUCUUUAUGGGAACACAGAUGAAGAAAAAAUUCUUACCAAACUUGGUAGAAAACAAGCCGAAUUGACAGGCAAACGUUUGGUUGAAUUGGGUUUGCCUUACAAUUUAAUCGUAAAAUCAACAAUGACAAGAGCACAGGAAACUUCGUUUUUAAUUGAACAAUCUCUUCCAAAUGUGAAAACUGAGAAUGAUAGUAUGCUUGUGGAAGGUUAUCCAAUCCCACCAGAGCCUCCAUUAAGUUCUUGGAGACCUGAAGUAUCUAUUUUUCAAGAUGGUCCUCGAAUAGAAUCAGCGUUUAGGAAGUAUUUUUAUAGAGCACAUGAAAAUCAAAUUAAUGACUCUUAUACAGUUAUUGUUUGUCAUGCCAACGUCAUUAGAUAUUUUGUUUGCAGAGCAUUACAAUUUCCCCCAGAAGCUUGGUUACGCAUUUCUCUAAAACACGCCAGUAUUACGUGGUUAGCAAUUGGUCCAACAGGAAAGGUUUCUCUAAAAUGCCUUGGAGAUGCUGGUCAUUUGCCUCAGGAAUUACUCACAACAAAGAUGGAACCUUAAUAUUAUAUUUCAAAAAAAAAAAUACUUUUACCAAUUUUAUAUCAUAAUUAAAUAUAAUUUUUAUUAGAAAAGAAA